AUGACGCUCCAGGCAUCCAGUCACACUCGUUUGUCUCUCCCACAAUCGCCACAGCCGCAAUCGCAACAGCAGCAGCAGCAGUGGCAGCAGCAGCAGCAGCAGCAGACGCAGCAGCAGCGGCAGACGCAGCAGCAGACACAGCAGCAGCAGCAGCAGCAACAGCAGCAGCAGCAGCAGCAGCAGCAGCAGCAGCAGCAGCAGCAGCAGCAGCAACAGCAGCAACGGCAGCAGCAGCAGCAGACGCAGCAGCAGCAGCAGACGCAGCAGCAGCAGCUACGCGCAGAGUAUACAGCGGAGGCACAGCCCGCGCACCUCACGCUGCGCUCGCCGUUCCUUCCGUCCGCGUCCGCUCCCGCCGUCGCCCAUCGGCCGCACCGUGUGUGCGACGCGUGUUCGUGCCAGCCCGCGGUGCUCUACUGCGCCGCGGACGACGCGUACGUCUGCGAGCCCUGCGACGUCUUCGUGCACUCCGCCAAUCCGCUCUCGCAGCGCCAUGAGCGCGUGCGCUUGGGGCCCAACGGCGCGCCGCUUAAGAUAGAUCGCAGAGGCGCGGGGUUGUCUUCCGAUGCGGCCGGCAGUCUUCCGCGCGCCGUUGCGGGGAGAGUGCUGCGCGGAGAGUUGGCGCAGAGCCUGCUUCCGCGCGCAGACGAGUCUGGGGUUCGGGGCGCGGCGGCGACGUGCAGUGACGCGGAGGAGGGUGUGGCGGGGAGCGUGGCGGGGCCGACGGCGGGCGCGAUCGGCGCGGAGAGCGCGCAGAGCGGACUGCCCUCCAGCAUGUCCGGCACGAGCUCGUCGUCGCACCCGCCCGACCCCCGCUGUCCCUCCCGCGCGCACCGCCCGCCCGACACCAACUGCACAGCUCAAGGCGGGGUUGCUGUCGCGCGCGCGGGUGACGCGAGGAGGGGAGCAGGUAGAGGGGGGAGAGCGGCGGAUAAGGUGGACGUUGCAGGGGGGAGCGCGGGGGGCAGGCUGCAAGGGGCGAGUGCAGGCGGGGUGGCGUGCAGCGUGUUGCGGUGGAAGGUGCGGGAGGGCGCCGCCGCCAUGCAUGCGCCGCAGGACCACCACCCGCAGCAGCAGCAGUCCACGCCGCAGAGCAGACCGGCCGCGUCACCUGCACCUGCGCAUGACGCAGCGCCCAAGGCAACAGCUGGCUCUGUGCGCCUAUCACCAGCGUCCACGUGGUCGUUUGCCCCCUCUCCAUGUCACACCAACGAGUCCCUGCAGGGUGCCUCGCCGUGGGCCAAGGCCGCAGCCGGCGCGGCGCAUUCCCCCCUCUCCGCGCCCGCGGGGUUGUGCGCCAAAUCACAUCUGCUGCGCGCGCCCGCGAGCCCGUUCACUCCCCCCAGCCCCUAUGCAGGCUGCCUGCUCUCGCUGCCCGGCGCGCCAGGCGGGAAGGCGCACGCGCCUCGAUCUCUCCAGUCGCCCCGCACUGCUCCUCCUGCACCCGCAUCCGCACCCGCACCCGCUCUCGCACCCGCAUCCGCAUCCGCAUCCGCGGCCGGCGGACGGGGCGUGGAAGCACGCGACGGGCGAGACACGGCGAGGGGUGCCGUGCGGGCGGGAGGAGAGGCGAGGGGAGCGGAGGAGGUGCAGGGGGGCGGGGGGAGGGAGGAGAGGGAAGGAGGCGCGGAGAUAGCGGCGGGAUGGAUGGACGAGCGGGUGGCGCAGGUGUGCGGGGAGGAGGAGGCGGGGGAGGCGGGGCGACUGGGCAGCAGCAGCGGGUUCGAGGAGUUCGAGGACAUGAUGAGCGGCAUGGGGGGCGCGGCGGGCGCGGCGGGCGCGUCGGGCAUGGCGGGCAUGGCGGGGCUGGACGACAUCGACGAGGACGACCAGUUCGCGCGCGACCUCGCGCUCUGCAUGACCCCGCGCGCGGCCCCGCCGCCCUCCGCCACACCUCCCGCCGCUUGCCCCCCGUCGUCCCCUCGCCUGGCGAGGCUGCAAACUGCUGCUGCGGCGCAGCAGGCCCAUCCCAACCAUGCCAGCUACUUCACCCCCCCGUCUGCCACUUCAGCCGCCGCUGCCUCGGGCGCUGGUGCUUCCCCAUGCGGCGAGUCCCCCCACGCGUCAGUGGCGGCGGCAGCGGUGCAGCCCGCGGCGGCGGUCCAUGCGUCGCGCACCCACGCGCUGCCCCCUGACGGCCCCGGGCUGCCCGCGCGCCCCGCGAAGCGACAGCACCUGCGGGGACUGGGGUUUGGUUGGGCAGCAGGUUUGGUUGCAGGCUCAGGUGCAGGUAUGAGUGUAGGUGCACAGGGAGGGCAGGGAGCUGGGAGUGCAGCGGGAGCGACAGACGGGGUGAGAAGCACAGCAGAGGGGGGAGGGCUGGCCAGUAUUGCGGACGGCGGGGGGGCGCGCGUGGAGGCGGGAGGAGGAGGUGGGGUGAAGCGUGAGGCAUGGGUGGGCAUGGGUCCAGUGGCAGCACGACAGGGCGUGCAGGGCGUGGGGAUGGCGGGCAUGCGUGGGCACGCACAGCAGCACAUGCACCUUCCCAUGCACCCCCAGGGCCUGUCACCCUGCGCAUCGCUGGACCGCUGCAACCCUGCGUCCCCCACCGCCGCUGCUGCGAGCAUGUCCGUCAGCCACGCCCCUGCCAGCAGCUUCCUCAACUCCUCCGCUGCUGCUGCUGGCAGCGCCGUGGCAUCCGCAGCAGCGCUGUCAGAUUCCGCCAUGGACGCGCGCGCCCCCGCCUCUGCCUCCGCCUCCGCGUCCGCCACCCACUCACACUCCCACUCGCUCUCGCUCUCCGAUGGCCAGCAGCACCACCAGGGGCACGCGCAACCCCUGCAGCAGCGCACGGCAGCAGGGGGUGGGAGCCCGGCGGAGAGAGCUGCAGAGCGGUGGGAGGGCAGUGAGGGCAGGAGGGCGCGGGAGCGGAAUGGGAAGGUGGGUGCGUGCGGGGGUGAAGCCGGGGGGCGGUCAUCAGGGGAGGCGGAGGGGGGCGUGGAGGAGGCGGAGGAGGUGGUGAUGGAGGAGGGCGCCGUGGAGGCUCAGCUCAAGGGCGUCGCCUCGCACCUCACCCUGCUCGCCGCACACCCUCACUGCCCUCCCGCACACCAACCCCAGGGGGAGAACGUGCGGGGCAGCAAGGAGGGUGCGGACAGGCGUGCAGCAGCGAUGCGAGGCGUGCUGGGUAGUUUGGGGGAGAGGGGUGCGGGCGGGCGGUGGUAUCCGGCGCUGCACCUCAACUAUGCUGACAUCAUCACUGCCUGGUCGCAUAACGGCCUCCAGGCAUCGCCCUGGCUGGACGACAACCCCCCCUCGCUCGCCCUCCACGCGCAGCCCUCUGUGUGCUCCGACCCCCAGCCACUGCAGGCGGCCAUGACCCCACACUCGGUGAUCAGCACGGGGCGAGAGGAGGGACCGGAGGGCGAGGUGGGCGAGUCGGGGGUGAGCCGCGUGGCGUCGGUGCCGCACGGGCUGGACCGCGUGUGCAGCGACCUGCUGCUCGAGGACGGGCACCUGGACGGGCACAUUGACGGGCAGGUAGAGGGGCAGGUGGAGGGGUAUGUGGAGGGCCGGGAGGCGCGGGUGCUGCGGUACCGGGAGAAGCGGCGCAACCGGCUCUUCUCCAAGACCAUCCGCUACCAAGUGCGCAAAGUCAACGCCGACCGCCGCCCGCGCGUCAAGGUGUGCUCUUGGGGGAGGGGAUGGGGCGGGGCGGGCGUGGGGGUGGCGGCGCUGGUGGCGUGUGUCAUGGCCAGCACGCUCGCGCUCGACCUGCCCUCGCUGCAGGUGAGACCUGCCCUCGCUGCAGGUGCGCCAUUCCCACUCCAUUUCUGCCGGCGCACCUCCGUGCCUCUUCCUGCCUGCUCCCUUUCCAACACAUUCUCCUCUCUGCGCCUCUCUCUGCGCCCCUCUCUCCGCAACCCCCCACGUGCAGGCGCUGGCAGCGAGUGCGGACAAGGCGGAGCGCAGAAAGGUGCGCCCCCUCCGCCCUCGCUGCUCCAUCCGCUUCCUUGUGCCGUCCAUUACAUCCCUCAUCGCCCAUCACAUCCCUCAUCGUCCCCCAUUGGCUUCACUUGCUUGCUUUGCCGCUCGGCAUGCAUGUCCCCGUGUCCUACCCUUUCACUCCUCUCUCUCACGCCCUGUCUACUCCCCUCGCGCCUCUCAUUCCUCGCCCCGCGGGGCCCAUGGACGGGUGGAUGGCAGGCGAGGGCGGUGCUGCGGGUGAGGCGCCAUGGCAACCUGCUGCUGGCGGCUCUGCUGCUCGCCAGCUGCCUCGCCUCCACCCUGGCUGCCGCUGCCUUCACCGCAUGCCUCUCACUCCUUUGCUCCCUACCAUUCUUCCCCACGGGCCUGUGUGGGCAUGGCAUGGCGGGGCGUGCAGAGGUGCUGGGCGUGUGGUGGGGGUGGCUGUGCGCAUUCUCGCUGCUCUUCCUCGCCGUUGAGCUCCUGCCGCCCGCCCUCUGCACCAACCGGAGUCUGCAGGUGGCGGGGGCGACGGCGUGGGUGGGGGGCGUGGCGGUGGUGGCGCUGUUCCCCCUGGCGUGGCCCGUGGGGCUGCUGCUCGACUGCCUCGUCUCGCGCUCCGCCCUCUCCCCCGCUGACGAUGACGGCCCCGUGAAGUGCCGCUUGGCGCCCGACCCUCUGCAACAGGGGGAGCAGGAGCAGGAGCAGGAGCAGGAGCAGGAGAGUGAGGGCGAGGGUGAUGCAUGCAAGCCGUUCGCUGCACGUGCUGGCAAAGGGGAUUGCGAGGAGGAGUGGAGUGGUGAGGAGGAGUGGGGCGGGGGGAAGGAAUGGAAAACAAGAGAGGAGGAAGGGGAGGUAGGAGGGGGAGGGUGGGAGGAGGAAGAGAGGGAUGGUGGCGGCGACAAGGAGGCGUGCAGGCGUGGGGCGCGGGGACCCGAGGGGGGUGGGCAGCAAGGGGAGGGCGGGGUAGCAUUGUACGGUGGGAGCGUGAUGGAGAGUGGGGGGGGCGAGGGGAGCAGCGAGGGUGCAGCGGUGCAGAUGGCGGUGCUGCCCUCGUCCUCGCAUGCUGCAAUGCCGCCACCACCUCCCCUCUCUCACGCCCAUGCCACCCAGCACGUUGCCUCCUCCCACCCCACCCUUGCCUCCAACCCCCUCCCCAACACAUGCCACACGCCCCCUGCUGGCUCUCCCCAUGCGGCGCAGUCGCCCCCAGCGCCUCCCCCGUGGUUCCUGCAAUCGUGGGAGCAUGCGGCCGUAUGGGCACGCCUUGCCGCCGUGCCUCCCACGCCUGCCGCCCCCACCUCACACCCACACCCCGCUGAUGCUGCCCGUGCGCUUGACCCACCUGACUCGAGCGUGCGGGCAGGGAGUGGGGGGGGGAGAGCGCACGUUGCAGCAGUCAGAGAUUACCACGCCACCCCGUCUGCCGCCCCUUCCACCGCCCCCCCAGCUGCCACCCUGCCAGGUGGCGUGCCGCCUCUCCCCCUGUCCUCCUCCACUCCCCUGUGGCGCCACCGACCCCCCCUGCCUGCUGCUGCUGCCUCUUCUUCCGGGCAACCCAUGCCCCCCACUGACUCUAGUGCAUCGGCUGAUGCCCUCCGCCCCCCUCACUGA